GUGAAUUCAUGGUUUUUGACGUGCGGUUCUCUGCAUGCUGCUGGCGCUUUUUGCAAGCAGCUGAAGGCAAUCUUCGGGCUUCAGCUGACAUCAACUUUUUCUUUCAUCCCAGGUUGCGUCCGUGGGUUUGGCAACAUGCCUUUGCCGCGGUCACUGUCGAUGCUUCUUUGUCCCCUUCUCGUCACACUCUGCCUUCUCUGUCUGGUGCUGCUUGUCAUGCCCUGCGGCAAGGUUGGCGUGCUUGGGUCUUCCAGGAGUGGGCGUCUUCGGGUCGGCAUGAGAUUUCUUCUCUCCCUUCCUUGACCUCCUCUCUCUUUCGAUCCAUCCAAAUCGAUGAUGUUCGUUCUUGGGUGCUUUCCUCUGCCCCUGCUGCUUCGGUUGGGCUGGGUGCCACGUUCUCUCCUGCCACUUGGGAUCGCGUGACCACUAAGGUGGUCCGCGCUGAGUGCCGCAUCUGGUUUGGGCUGCUGGCACUACUUCAAAGUCGUCGUCAUCCCAGGUUGCGGAACAUGAGGAUGGGUCUCAGAGAAAUCCCAAGCAAGACGCAGAUUUGUGCCAAGACUCAGGCGCAAAGGAAACAACUUAAGGUGUUGAAGUUCCAGGAAAAGGAACCGUUUUUGUGGACGCCCCCGGCGACGUGGGCUGCGGCCUUUAGGUGCCUGGCCUGGUUGUCGUCCAGCGCACCGGCGCGUGCUCUCAUGUCCGGGAGCUUCUGGUUCUCUAAGAACUACAGCGGUGUCACAUCCACCUUGUUUGGCGAUUUCACUUGCAUGUCCUGCACGCUAAGGUAUUUUCGGCCGGUUUUCACCGGCGAUGAGUCCAAACUGGACCUUCAUCCGCUGUCCCGACAGCCGGUAGAGCUGCAGCUGCAUAUCAUUAGGCGUAUGUGCAAAUUUCAGUCCUAUCUCAAGUUUUCUAAGCAGUUACAUCGUCGUGAUGCUGCGGAUCUUCAUGACACCCUGGACCUCCCAGACCGUGUCCAAAGUUUUGCUGACGUGGACUUGACUGCAGCUAGGUCCGUGAUGAGCCAGGCUCGAGAUCUUUGGCAUUCCCUCAAGGCAGCGCCGGCCAUGAAACUCUUGGGGGCUUUGAUGGGCCAUGUGAAAGGCAAGGAAGUGGCGGUCAAGGUGGUUGAGUACGUGGUUGAGAACGACUCGGAGUUCUCAAGAUCCGUCACGUGUCGCGCCAUUCCCUUAGUCUUCUUAAACAUUCUUAAACCUUCCUUGGCAGACCGGAGCCUGGCGAGGUCAUCUCCUGGCGACGUGCCAGUGCCCACAGAGGAGGAGGUUGGCUUUGCAGAUCGUGAUGUCCAGACUGAGGAUGGAGCAGCGGAGGAGGCAGAGCUGCGAGUGCAUCAACUGGAAGAGGCCUUGGCUUCCAAAGAGCAAGAGGUGCUUACUAUCAGGAGAGAGUUGCAACAGCAACGUGACAUGCUUGCCGCCCAAGAGGCCGAGCGUGAAGUUUCCAUGAAGGUGACAAUACUUCUCUUGUGCCUGUUCCUGGGCGUCUUGAUUGCCAAGGGCUUGGAAGAGCCGCAGCGAAAGAAGAGCAUUCUCUUCUUGGGGCUCCGGCCGAAAGCGGUUUCUAUUGCAGGCGAUAUGCGACACAGCACUACCAGUCGCAAGUCCUAUGCCGCUGAGGAAGAAGGCAAUUCCAGCGAACGUGAGAUGAUUCGAAGCAUCACAGGCCAAAACCCAUCAUAUGCUCCUGAAGAAGGCAAGGGCAAGGGCAAGGUGUGUCACCUCCAACGAAAUGGCGCUUGUAGAGAGAUUGGAGAGGUUGAAAUUACCAAAGCAGUUGCGGAAGAAUUUCGUGUCGUGGGAAGCUGUCGUUUGUGCCGCCAUGGCCGCGGCAUUUUCCGGCGGCGGCCAUUCAAGAGGCCGGAUGUUUUUUCAGCGUUGCUGUUGCCGCUGACCUUUCCAAUGCCGAGUUGGACAGUGAGAGUUUCCAGUCCUGGGGGCGCUGACCUCCGCGGCGUUGUGACGCGGCUGGAGGCGCGGUGCAGAGGGCCAAAACCAGUCCUCCAACCGGCGCAUGAGAUGAUCAAAUUGUUGCAUGCGUUCAAGCCUUCCAGGCGUCAUUCAAAUCUUGGACACAAAGUCUGCGGCUUUGUCGGCGGCACUCGUGGCUUGAUGGACAAGCAGGAGCAGUGGUUUAGAGAUGCAAGGGCCUCAGAGCGAAGCCUUCCCACAAACGGCAUGAGAGAUGACAAGGGCUGCGAGGGUCGGAACACAGCUUAUUUGGCAGAGUAUUUCAAGCAGAACGCUUCUGCUCAGGAACUGGUGGUUCUUGCGCUGCAGGUGUUUGGUCAGGCAUCGUUGCAGGUGUUGCUUGCUCUGCAAGUUUCGGCACACCUGAACCUGGAGCAAACAGCACAGUGGUGCUGUCCUCAGGUGGAUCCGCAACAAGGGUAUCGAGCAGUGGUUGCGUGCUUGCGAGAGCGUGCCCCCGACGGUGAUCGAGCCGUUUGGCGCAAGUGGGCUGCAGCCUCUUGGAAUGCGCUGCAGUGCAAAAUGCUCACCAAGGCCAUUAAUUUGGUGCACGAGUCGAAGAAAGAGCCCGAGGCUUCUCGGGUCACCAAGGAUGUGAAAAAAGAAAAAGAGCCUGAGGUUUCUCAGGUCACCAAACUGACGGCUCUGCCAGAGUCGAAAAAAGAGCCUGAGUACUCUCAGGUCACCUGUGUUUUGACCAAGAAAAAACCAGGUAAGAGUCUCAAAAAAGGAAGUUGCCCUAGGUGUGUGCGCUGGCUGACGAUGCUGUGGCUGUGUUGUUGCUUCUUGCCAACUGCUGUUGCCACACGGUCGAGUCCUUCAUGCGCCUUGGAUGCGCUUAAAUCUAGCCCUACGGGCUCCACGGUCUGUGGGGGCCGAUGGGCUGCCAUGGACAGCCGCGGUUCUGAGCUGGCAGCUGCUGCGAACGUUAGCGCUGGGCUGCUUCUGCAGCAGUACCUUCACCUGCGCACAGCAGAUUUCAAUGGGUCUUGGCAUGCGGAUUGGGACGAUUCGAAUCGAACUUUGUUUGAUUGGUCAAAUACUGGACUGACGGUCUUGGCAAUGCACGGCCUCACGGCUUUGCUUUUUGGUGAUGCCAAGCAAAAGGCACAAGGUUUUCCCAAGUGCAACACUGAUCACAAGCCCGAAAAGGCGCGGCUCCAUGUUGUUCAAGGUGUGCCCCGGGCUUGGGGUUAUGAUGAUCUUCAAAGUUUCUUGGAGAAGCAGCAGUGGACUGAGAUCUCGGCCCUUUCCAAAAGAAGGAGCACAUGGAGUUUCUUGGCCAAGGCACCUGAGGAGCCGACUGCGCGUGCUUCUUGGCAAUACGACAUCCAGGAUGCUGACACAACAUCCUGGUCAAUCACGAUUCAGGUGGCAGUGAGGUCUCAGAAUGGCCCCCAAUCGCUCACUGGAUCCUUUGCUAUCCCUUCUCGGCAAAACAUUCGUGCUACUCUGGCGAGGCUGCAAUCAGACCUUGGUCAACUUCGUGAUCAAACCAAGAACUCCAACCUGAUGUCCUGGCGUACCAAAUUACAGAGCUGUUCUUCGCAUGUCUCUAAAUGGCUUCGCAGCAAAGAAUGGAGCAUGUGUAGCGGGGUCAUUCGAACUGAUGGCACGGUGACUGAGAACUGGCAUGAGGGCUCUGAGGCCAUCAAGGCCUUUUGGGAAUCCUUCUGGUCGGACCUGCGUCGGUCCAUCCCUUCCUUCUCGCAACGGGAAGCUGCUCUUUUCCAUGGUGUUCCUGCUCCUGUCCAAGCCGUUGACAUCCCAUUCCCCACUGGUCUUGAGUUGCAAGCUACUGCGCAAGACAGCCACGGUGCUGCGGGGCCUGACAAGUGGACUGCUCAAGAGUUGAAGUACCUGCCUCUGGAUGUCUUCAAUACGGUGUCUGAGCUCUUUCGAGCCUUUGCCACUGCCCGGGAUGUGCCGAAGCAGCUACGGCAGUCUCGCAUGGUUUGCCUCCCCAAGGAAGGCAAAGUUCACGACUACAGUAUCAAAGCAGGUGAUGCCCGGCCAAUCAGUGUCAUGUCUGUGUGGUGGCGCCUUUGGAGCUCAUCGGUCUGUCGUAGCACCUCCCUUCGUUCCGGGCUUCGUUCAGUGCUUCUGGCUAAUGUUGGUGGCGUCUCUCGAGAAGAUAUCUAUGAGAACAUCAUUGAGAUCUUUGACAACUUCCACAAGCAUGGUUUCAUGCUCACUAUGGACUAUAGCAAGGCCUUUGACUGUCUUGACAGCAACCUCUCUUGCAGCUUGCUUCGUGCUCCAUGGCCCCUUGAUCUUAUUCAUUUAUUGGAAGCAACUUGGCGUCACCAGGUCUUCGAUCCUUCUCGAGUGUCCCCUGCCAUCCGGGUGCUGGGUGCUGUGUCCUGCUCGGUUCGUCGGGCCUAUCGUGCUGCGGAGGUUCGUCGCUUCGAAGUUAAUUGCGGGUGGGUGGCUCGCGCUCCUACUUGGACCUCUUCCAAGCAGCUGUGGUCCUGCCCUGGAAUUCCUUCACCUAUCAAUGUGUCCUUCAUGUCCUGCAAUGUUGGAUGCGGUGAGGGUGCUUGGGAGUUCCUCAAGUUCGCCAGUAAAGAAAAAAUUGACAUUCUGGCCAUCCAAGACGAUGGCUUCCAAGCAAAUCAGCGUGCCAACUUUUACCAGUUUUGCGAAAAAGCCAACUAUCGUGUUUAUCAUGCCCCUGGUCGUCGUGCUCUCAAAGAGGCUGGUGCACCCGAGGAUAAUAUCACUGAUCAAAUUUGUAUUCUUGGUCACUUCUUUCAGCCUUCCCAGCAACACAAAUUGCACAAGAAAGAGCAGGAUCGUAUCGAUGCGUCCCUGGUUUUCGUGCACACUCGUGGACAUGUUGGCAAUCGUCGAAUCGCCGUGACGCAGUCCUAUGCCAAGACUUUGCUUAUGACGAAACCAGAUGUGUCCGUCCGGAAAGACCAACUGAAUCUGCGGUAUAAGCCGCCAGUGCAGAAUGUGGCGGACACUAUCGAGAUGUCUCCUUUGCUGCCUGAGAGCCAAAGAGCUUGGUCCUGCCCUUUGUGCAAUCACGGGCUCCCGGAGCUUCCUACACAGGCCCGUGUCUUGGAUUCCACAAAAUGGCUCAUCGGUGGUGACUUCAACGAACGUGGCAUGCGGCUGCUGCCGCAAUUCGUCCAUUUCUGGCAAGACCAUGCUCGUUCUGUCCCGGACUUGGCCUCUCGCACUAGCUUGCUGUUGGCCGUAGCCCGGGUCCCCGAGACCCCUGUGAACAUUCGGUGCCCUACGGGCAUUGAACUGCAAGCCCGGGCCCAAAGCGGUUCUGGUGCCGCUGGACCUGAUGGUUGGUCAGCUGAUGAAAUUAAACAUCUCCCGCUCGCUACUGCUCGUUUGCUGGGUUGCUGUGGCUUCCUCCUUCCUACUCAGCUUUGUUUUCUCAAGCAGUUUGCCCUCCCUAAAGCCAACUAUGGUUGGGUUGCUCGUGGUCCCACCUGGACUGUCGCUAGCUCUCUCUGGGCUACCUUUUGGGUCUCAACUCGCCGUGUCCGGUACUCCAGUCCGUGGCUGCGUGCUCUUUUCUUGGGAGGUAGCCUGCACCUGGAUGUCGCCUGGGUCACUCGCUUGGUGGCUGCGGUCCUUCGUGCUCGCUUUCGGUCUUGUGAUCUAAUCAUGGUGGGACUUGUUCCGGCCCUCUGCGUUCCUGGUUCCGUUCUCACGAUUUCACGUCCGUCCGUCCUUGGGUCUGGCGUCAUCCCGUUGCCUCUGUCGAGGUACUUACUCUCGCAUUCCUUCGUCGUCUCGUUCUUCUGCUUGCCCGUGGGGGUGCGGGGGCGUUGGAUUCUGGGAGCGCGUCCCUUGGGAGUGUCCGAUUGGCAGGAGGCUUUGGCCAAAACUUGGGAUGACGAAAUCACUCAGUUAAUUUGUUUUCAGCAGCUGAUGUCCCAGCUUCGAGACGAGGGAGCCCGGGUGGGGUCGCCACCCCGGGUUUUCUCCCAGGAGGAUGUUCAAAACCAAUGGGACCUGUACAUGGAGACCCGAAACCUGGGGAAAAAGGCGCAAGUUGCGGCGCACUCUUGCCAGGAAAGUGGUAAACCAGGUGUUAUUGUGGUGGACGAUACCGGACCCAUCACUCACAGAACUGAAGUGACCGCAGCCAUUUGUUCUUUUUGGCAGAAGGUUUGGCAGGAGCCAUCUGUGCCGGUUAGUCAAAGUGUCAAUCAACUUGUUGCUGGUUUCACCAGCGAGGGCCCGGACCCUCGUGCCUUUAGCUGGCAGCCUCUUGGCUAUCAGGACCUCUGGAGGUCCGUUAGGGAUGCUUCGGGGUCCGGAGGCCCCGAUCAAUGGUAUGGAGAAGAGGUGCGACACCUCCCACUGGAGGCCAUUAAGGUCCUUUUUCAAUUGACCCAGGUUUGGGAGAGCACAGGCUACUUGCCGCUGCAACUCAGGGAAAGUCGUCAAGUGAGCAUUCCUAAGGAAUCUGCUGUUUCAAAUCACCAAUUGCCCCUUGGCAAGGUUCGUCCCAUUUCCGUUAUGUCGGUUUUCGGGCGUGUUUAUGCUAGCUCUUGUGCCAAAUCCCCUCAAGUUAGAAAGUGGACCUCCACUUAUUUGGACCGGGCGGUUUGCUUCGGGAAAGGCGCCUUAGGUGCCGAAGAAGUUGCUGCACAGCUUCAGGAAAAACUUCUGUCGGGGGGCUAUGCUGCCUCACUCGAUUGGAGUCAAGCUUAUGACAGGAUGAAACCCCAAAUCAGCACUGUGGCCUUGCAGGCUUUAGGUUUUCCUAACUCUCUUUGUGCAGUCAUGAGACAGGCUUGGCACCAAAAGAGGUGGGUGUCCUUUGAUGGUCACACCCAUGAGACACCGCUGGAUGCGGAACAUGCCACACCUCAGGGGAUGGGUCUCAGAGAAAACCCAAGCAAGACGCAGAUUUGUGCCAAGACUAAGGCGCAAAGACGGGCGCUUGUUGACAGGGUUCCUGAAUGGGCUAAGGAACAUAUUAAGGUUCUAGGUGCUUCCACCGUGUCGGUGGUCCGUACCUACAGCCAGACUGAAACCGAUCGACUGGAAGGUGCUCGGCUUCGAGCUCAGAAACAACUUAAGGUGUUGAAGUUCCAAGAAAAGGAACCAUUUUUGUGGACGCCCCCGGCGACGUGGGCUGCGGCCUUUAGGUGCCGGGCCUGGCUGUCGUCCAGCGCACCGGCGCGUGCUCUCAUGACCGGGAGCUUCUGGGCGGCGGCUCGAGAACUACUUCUUUCACGCCAGGUUGCGUUCGCAUGGUCGGCCUUCCCAUGGUCGGCCUCAGAGCUCAGCGGCGAGCUCCCGGGGCCUUUCAGUCUGGCCUCUUGGGUCAAACGAAAAACUUCGGCGGUGGCAUCAGCCACGGUGCAUUACAUGGGACGAGAAGCCUCGCAACCACAGGAAGUCAAUUCACUCAUUCAUCAAUAUUGGACGGAUUUGUGGCGACGUUCAGACAUCGAUGUGGGACACAUGGCUAACAAACUCGCUAUGGACUUUGGUCCUACUCAGGAACAUGAAUGGCAGCCUUUGACUCUUAACGAGCUCUGGACAGCAUGCAGAAACGCUAAAGGGGCCAUGGGGCCUGACGGCUAUUCAGGUAGCGAGCUCAAGCACAUGCCUCUGGGAGCCAUUGGUGACUUCCGCAGGUGCUCACUGAGAUGGUGGGAAACCUCCUAUCUACCAAAGCAGUUCAUGCAGUCUCGACAAAUCAAUAUCCACAAGCCGCACAAAAUCGUGAAUGGAAAAGCCGAGGUAUCUGACCUCCGACCGCUUUCGGUCCUAUCGUGCUUCUGGAGGGUGUAUUCCAGUGCGUGGGCGACAAACUCUCAACUUGCAUAUUGGGCAAACCUUUACUUCGAUGAACGUGUUGCGCAUGGCAAGGGUACAACGGUGCAGAAGAGCUGGCGUCACGCCUUCAGGUGGGGGCGGAUUGCCCGUAGCAUCAUCAAGGACAGAGUGGUGCGGGUGGAUCUGCAACCACAGCUCGAAAAAGGCAAGAAAAGAUGUUGCUGGAAGGUCUCAAGACUGCUUGGCGUCAAACAUGACACUGAAGACACUUUGCUGCGAAAACGGUGGGCAGCCAAAGGUGUGCCAUCCGAUUGGUUGCCCGGCACUUUUCGGACCAUGUUGGAAAAAAAUAAGCGGAGGGUCAUUGAGGAUGUUCAGCCCCCAAAGUUCAGGUACGGGUUGUGGACCUUCAAAGCUGCUCCCCCGGAUUAUUCGUUGCCUGGAUGCAUUAUUCAGCUUAAUGAAAAGAAUUCCAUCAUGAUCUCUCCGUGGGUCGCGCCAAAGAAGCAACGACCCCAAACCAUGCCGCUGCCACGAGUUCGCAAAGGCUGGCUAACCACUUCUCAGUCGGCCGAACAAAAAGAUUCGACACUGAACAAAAACCAAGAAGAUGCUGUUGCUGUUACGGUGCCUGAUGGUUCUGACACUGAAGAUGCUACUAUGGGUGAUCCGAAAGCUGGUACUAAACGUGCACAGGUCGAAUCUCCUGACAAGAAAGGCGCUACUGCCCACGUGAGCAAAAAAAAGCAGUUGAAAGUUCGACCGACAAAAAGUGCGGUCCAGACCAAACCCCUCAAUGGGACCUCGGAGGUGCCAGUGAUUGCGGGUUUCGUGUGA